CUUCCCUCAACCCAAUUCUUCCGUAACCUAAUUCAACCGCUACCCAUCUCAUUAUACUCACGGCCCACGAUCGUGACCAAUUUAUUUGUGUACAAUUUGUCUUACUAACUUGUAUUCAAAACCCCAUACCGAAAAUAUUUGCCCCCACACUACACGAUAACUCAAUUUGUUGUGGUCUGAUUUGGGCCAGGACUACAUUCUAACCACGACAUGAUUCAUCGCGAACCAAAUACACCUUUAAUAUAGCUAAUUCGUUAUGAAGAAAUACCUAAAAACCUGUGUUGAAAAUAUUUGCACCCUCAGACUCAGAGAGCUUCUUCAAAUCUACCAGGAAUCCAAUUAAAAUCCCCAUCUCCAUCUCUCCUAUCAUUCAUUGAUUAUUUCUGUGGAAAAUCAAAGCGAGGGUCCAUUUACUAUACCACUUGGCACACUUGCCAUUUGAUUUAUUUUUUAUUUUUUAUUUUUUGAAGGAGAAGCACUUGCCAUUUGAUUAAAUAGCACCCAAAUAAAAUAAAACACACUACACAUCUACCAUUGCUAAUGAUCUUUGCAAAUUCAUGGCUUUCUGCAACUUCUCAAUCCUUACUAAUAAUCUCUCUGGAAAUCUACAACUUGCUGGUUGAGAAUUGAUCUUGGUACGUGGUUGAACUUCUCAAUCAUUCUGCAAUUCGUUGUUCCUUGAUUAGAGGUAAUCCCACUAGAAUUUUCAACAACCAAGUCAAUACUCUGUUUUAUACAUCGUAUAAAUUCCGGUACGAGUUAUUAUCUAGCCUAGUUAUAUCCUAGUCCUUAAUUUGAAUAUGACGAAUAUACAGGUUAUGAACAUGGCUUCUUCUUCUUCUGCUGCUGCUUCUGCUCAUGUCCUCCCUCAACAAAAGUACGAUGUCUUUCUUAGUUUUAGAGGCAAGGACACCCGCUCUAAAUUUACCAGCCAUCUCUAUGCUGCUUUGAAAGAGAAGAAUAUCCAUACCAUGGAUGACAAGUCACUUAAGAGAGGAAAUGAAAUUGGACCUGCCUUAUUGACAGCAAUCGAGCAAUCCAAGCUUUCGAUAAUCAUUUUCUCAAAACGCUAUGCUUCUUCUUCAUGGUGUUUAGAUGAACUUAUGCAUAUACUGAAAUGUAAAGAUGCAUAUAGACAACUUGUUAUACCCAUUUUCUAUCACAUAGAUCCAGCUCAUGUGCGAAAACAAGAAAAGAGUUAUGCAAAGGCACUUGACAUUAUGGAAAAACGGUUCAACAACAACAUGGAUAAGGUCAGCAAAUGGAGGGAAGCUUUGACAACAGCAGGCAAUCUAUCUGGAUUUGAUUCACGAACAAUCAGGUCACGCUCUAUUUCCAUGUAUUAUCAUAUUCUACUUGUUCUUUCUUCCUAAAGUCUUGUUCUUGUUUGGUUCAAAGAUUAUCACUAGUUAAAGACCAUAUGAAUGAACUUUUUCUCUUGGUUCCUCAAACCAAUUCAUUAAAUAAUGAAAUUGUUAUUUAUUUGUGUUUAACUGCAUAUGAUCGAAAUCUGGUUGUGAAAAAAUGAGACAAAUACCUUAUUAUUCCACAUCCUUACAUUAUUUUUGAUUUAAUGAUAAUUGACUA